CAGGGGCUGUCUGCUCCGCUGGCUGGAACCUGAGCUGGGCCGUCCCGACCCAGAGCUCCUGUGGGGCAGGAUGAUGGGGGGGCUCUGCUCCCAGCUGGCCGCGCUGCUCCUGCUGCUGCUGCUGCCGUCUCCAGCACAUGGUGCUGAGGAGAGUCAAGACCAGCCAGUGUUCAGCCGUAUCAUAGGGGGGCAGGAUGCACAGGAGGGUAUAUGGCCCUGGCAGGUCAGUGUGCAGCAAUAUGACAACAAGCGUGAAUACUACCACAUCUGUGGAGGAUCCCUCAUCUCAGCCCAGUGGGUGGUGUCAGCUGCUCACUGCUUCGAUCUCUCUACCCCUGUCUCUGCCUAUCGCAUGAACCUGGGGGAGCACCAGCUCUCCAACCCCUCCCCCACCCGGAUCUCGUCCCCCGUGCGUCGCAUCGUCCGGCACCCCGACUACAACGAGAACACGGGCGUCGCCGACGUCGCCCUGGUGCAGCUGACAGAACCUGUCGCCUUCACGGACACCAUCCGCCCCGUCUCCCUGCCGGGCCCCUCCACCCAGUUCCCAGCCGGGGAAAAGUGCUGGGUCACGGGCUGGGGCCUCAUUGGAUGGGGGUGUAAAGAUACGCUUCCGCCGCCCCAGACGCUUCAGGAGUUGCGGGUUCCUCUCGUCGACUCGUCAACCUGCAGAGACCACUUUCGGGACUGCAAACGUCCCAUCCAAGAGGACAUGCUGUGCGCUGGGUCUGAAGUCAAUCGCGAUAGCUGCAAGGGUGACUCCGGGGGGCCUCUGGUCUGUCCAAGGAAUGGCAACUUCAUCCUGGCUGGGCUCGUCAGCUGGGGGAUUAAGUGCACACAGUCCACACCUGUCCCACCAGGGGUGUACGUCCGGGUCCCAGUCUAUGUCAACUGGAUCCAGAAUGUCACGGGUGGCACCGGCCUCUCGAUCGUCUCUCCUGCCGUACUCAGUGCCGGUACCACCCCACCGGGGCCCCUCAGCAAUGGCUUAAUUUGCUCAUGCCUAGCGCUGGCUCUGCUCCUUGCUGGGCUCCUGCUGCCGGCCCUGUGACCUGCCCCCUGGGGCUCCCCCCCCGCGCCAACCCCCCGGCCCAGAUAACAUGGGAGCAGAACCCCCCUCCUGAGCAUGAGCUGCAGAGAGAGCAGAGCUGGCAGCCCCCUGCCAGCUGGGGUGUGUAUAGACCCCCCCUUAGCACCGUGUGUGGGCCCCACGUUGCUGGGGUCUACGGGACGCGGCUGGGAGAGGCUGGUGCAUGGAAGCUCAGGGGUGCUACAGGGAUGGGGAGCGUAGGGGUGGGGGGUUUCAUCCAGCCCUCCCUGCAGCUCUGCAGCGCCCCCCGGGGUGACUGGGAAGCCGAUGGGGAAGGGCCCCGUAGCCAUUCUGAUCUCGGGAC